GUUUUACACGCUUUGGCUUUUCAUGUUUGCUUGUCUGUGUUCGCAGUUUGAAAGGUAGCCGUGUACAGCACUGGGUGUAAACUGUAAAUAACCUGCUUAUCUCGUGGUGGAUGUCACUGUAUCUUUACUGAUAUUAUAAAGUGUCAGAUAGCAAAGGCUAUGAAUCGGGAAGCGAGCUGAAAAUCAGCUGGGAUGAAGGAAUGUUAUCAAUGUUAGGAAUGUGAGCAAAGUUACUAAAUUGUACGGGUAAUUUUAAGUUAUGAAUUUCCGGAAGUUUGAAGAAGUAGUUACUUUGGAUAGGUGAUUUAUAACUGUCUAAUCUAGUACUAUUCGGACAAGAAUGUUCGGUGAUCCCUUUGUUAAAAAAAUAGUAUCAUACAAAAAUAUAUGUGGCGCACUGGUUAUUUUUUCCAUCUUGGUCUAUGUGGUAGCAGUGGAUCUGCUACACCUCUGCCUCUGUCCCCGAUUCCAGCUGGUUUUGCUUUGGCUGAGGCUGUGUCACUGCAGCAGUGAAGCACUGUGAUGCAAAGAGCCAUCGCUUAAAGCAGCUGGUACCAUUUAACGUCCAGUUGUUUAUUCCCGCGGGUGUUCCGUUCGAAUGAGGAAAUCAAAUGUAGCUCACGUCACAUGCAGUGCUGGGUUGAGCUUUGACAGAUUUCAAGUAGUUUGACAAGUAAGAAGGAUGUUGUGCGCAGGCUUUCUGGCUGAGGAAUUACAAUAGCUGUAUGUGCUUUGUUAUGAGGCCCAGUGAUUUAAAUGGACAUCUUCUUACUGUAGAGAAGCUGAUAAAUGACCAGUGUUUUCAGUCUGUCCAAUAAGGAGUGAACUCAUCAGUUGUGUGGAAGCAUGACUGCAAUGCACAUGCAUUUGGGUUUGACGGAGUCGCCUAACACCGCGAUGUUACCCAUAGAUACGUGCCAUUUAGCCUCUCGGAGUAGCCUAGCUUGUCUCUGUCAUCACUUUGACUUCGAACUAAGAACUUUAUCUAUAAAUGGAGUCUCUCUAAGUUGGCGGUGUUGCCGUUGUGCCAACAGAUACAGUGUAAUGCAGACAAAUCACUUGUUUGCUCAGUAUUUUCUGUAUAGAAUCCAAAAUAUUCCCAUGCAGUGAUAGUUUUUUUUUUUCGUAACCCAUGAUUGUUUGCUUUUCUCAUUCAUCCAUCCAUCCAUCCAUCCAUCCAUUUUCCAAACCGCUUAUCCUACUGGGUUGCGGGGGGUCCGGAGCCUAUCCUGGAAGCAAUGGGCACGAGGCAGGAAACAACCCAGGAUGGGGGGCCAGCCCAUCGCAGGGCACACUCACACACCAUUCACUCACACACACCUAUGGGCAAUUUAGUAACUCCAAUUAGCCUCGGCAUGUUUUUGGACUGUGGGGGGAAACCGGAGUACCCGGAGGAAACCCCACGACAACUUGGGGAGAACAUGCAAACUCCGCACACAUGUGACCCAGGCCGAGACUCGAACCCGGGUCCCAGAGGUGUGAGGCACCAGUGCUAACCACUGCACCACCAUACCGCCCCCUUUCCUCAUUCAUUUUUGUAGAAAUUUUUUUACAAAGGCGCCAUACUGUCUAUGCGCAAGUCCAACAGCAAGGACAGGAAUGUUUGUGAUUGGCUUGAGAGCUCAUGCCGAGCUCAUGUAAAAGCUGCAGCAGUCAUGCGUCGCUUAACCACUGGGAUAUGCUGGGAGAAAUACCUCAUUGGGCGAUUUCGUGAUUGUGUGAACAUCAGAGUGUACUUGCACAGCCCUAGAUGGUAUAGCCUACUGCAUGCCUAUUAUGGUAUAAGCCUAAAUGACGAGGAAAAGUGCAGUGUAGUAAAUACAAAAACCAGUAAUGUUUAUUAUCGUUAUUGAGUAUUACGGACUGUCCAUAAUGGUGUGAGCUAUAGUUCUACACGACUGCCAGCACAGUGGGUUGGUUCACACUCGCAUCACCACAACCACAUCACUGACAUCAUGAUUACCCCGACUUUCGAGCUGAGCCAGGACUCUGAUUUCCUGCUCCUGAGUAUCCGGGUUCCCUACACCAGGGCAGCUGAGUUUGACCUCUAUAUCGACGGAGAGGAUUUCAAAUUCUACGCCAAGCCCUACUUCUGCAGAUUGACGCUUCCCGGAAGAAUCGUAGAGGAUGGAAGAGAAAAGGCCUCAUUUGAUAUUGAUAAAGGCCUCUUCACCCUUCGUGUCCCCAAGGAGUCACCAGGAGAGCACUUCGAGGGCCUGGACAUGUUGACUAGUCUUCUGGCUCCCAAAGGCUCCAGAUCAGCCAAGCCCCUCGUGGAAGAGAUGGAUACCUGUGAAGGUGCUGCAGGCGGUGAAGAAGAAGAGGAUGAAGACUUUGACUGGCAGAUGGAGCAGGAGGUGUAUGUGGAGAGCUCGGAAGAGGAACUCGGAUCCCUCCAGAAAUACGGAUUUGGAAACCAAAGGUCCGGAGUGUUUACCAGGCUGCAGGAGGAGCUCGGCGACAUCGUCGACGUGAAGAACCCGGAUGCCAGCACGGCCACGGAGAGGCGGGAGAAUCGGCUCGCUGCUGAAGACACCUUUUUCUGCCCGGACCAUUACCUCGUCGACCUAUUUGAAAAUGAGGAAAUCGGGAAGCUGGUUAAGUUUUGCCCAUGGUGGAGCAAGUGUGGCCAAGGUGGAGCGCAGGCGGAGCACAGCCAAGCAGGGAUCUUCACGGAUGAGGAGCAGGACCAACUGAGGAGGUUCACCAACCGCUCAUACCUGCUGGACAAGAAGACGCUGCAGCAUGUUUGGCUGGGCCUGGUGGACAUCAUCCUGGCAUAUGCGUAUGACACGCGCAUCACUGAGGGAGAGCACUGCGUGGAAUCAGCUUGGAACAUCAGGAAGGUCAGCGGGACCCUCUGCUGGCUUGAGACCUACAGCACUCUGCAGGAAGUCUUGGUGUCUUUCGGACGAAGAUGCCUGUGUUACCCGCUGUUCAGACACUUUGACCUCAUCACCACAGUCAUCCAUGAUGCCGCCUCAAUAUUCCAGUCAGGGAAGGCCUAUGUGCUUAAGUGCCUGUUGGACGUCCACAAGAUCUUCAGGGAAAAUGACCCCGCCUACAUUCUCAAUGACCUCUACAUCACGGACUACUGUGUGUGGAUCCAGAAGGUCAAGUCCAAGAAGGUUGUGGCCCUGGCAGAGCCACUGCUCAAGGCGUCACUGACGAAGGAGGACAUGGAGCUGGAGCUUGAUCUUCUGGAGAAGGUGGCGAUGGAGGGAGAAAGUCAGGAGGAGGAGGGCGAUGACGGGGAGGAAGACGAUGAGACAGAGGAGGAGGAGGAAGAUGAGAAAGAGGGCCUGGGAAUAGAGGGAAGUUCUUCCCGGUCACACGUUGAGGGACAGCUCAGCAGUGACAGCACCUCCCUGUCACCAAAGAGCAACCAUCUCUGCCUGAAAGAGGAGGGACCCGUGGCCCCCAGCCAGAAACUCAUCCAGGAGCUGGUUGAAACCGUGGAGGUGGGAUUAAGGGUCUCGGAGCCCGGUGACUGUGAGGGGAGCGCGGCAGACGACGUGGGCACCCCUCAGAGGACCCUGCUGGAAGUGGGUCCGCGCAAAAAUCCGCUGCUGAUUGUGUCCACUGCCUUAGAGGAUGACAGCAUCGGGUAGGGGCCCAGCGGCCUGUAAACGCCUGUCAUACAGGUGCCACCGAUAUGGAGUGACUGUGACCCUCACGAAGCUUGUCACCCGCUCUACUUUUGCUGUAAAUCCUGCUACCUCCCGUUUCCAUAGAGUAGCAAAUGGAGUCUUUGCCAUAGUCUUUGAGUUUUAUCGAAGGAAAAUAUUUAAACUGAGAAGCCUGAGACUUGAACCGAGCCUCAGCAUGUUUGACUAGCCUUCUUGGAAUAUUCAUGUUUCACAGGAAUUCAAAUUAAUUUCCACUAAAGUGUUUUUUUGUUGUAAUCAGUGUUUUGGAAUCUCCAUCUAUUUCUGCAUCUUAUGAUAGCUGUCGGAAAUUAAUAUCAGCUGAAAGCCUGAUCAUUGUUUCUCCAGUUGUGCUUAUUCUUGUUCCAUGUUGGUUGCGCGUUUCAGCUGAAUAUUUUUCCUGAACUUUUGUACAUCUCAUGUGCAUUUUUAUAUUGUUCUGUUGAUUGGAUCAAAAUUAAAACCGGAUUCCUGUU